CGCAGGAUGGCCCAGGCAGACAGUAAGGUGCUGGUUCUGGGAGCCUUGGCUGGCGUCGCUGGCAUCAGUUUGGCUGUGGUUUGUUACCAGGGCUUUAGGUCAAGACGAAGAGCCUCGUGUCCGGGGUACUACCUGGAUCGCAGUAAUGAACGAGGGCCCGGCCUCAUGUUGGUGGACGGUCCAGGUCUGCCUCGGGGUCAGGCUGAGGUGCUGGAGCGUCUUGAGGCCCUGAUCCAGUGUGUGUCCGAGCUCAAGGAUGAGAUGAAGUCAUUGAAGAAUGCUCUGCCGACACUGCAGGACCAGGUCAGGGAGGAGCUGAGGGGACGGGAUGAGGCACGUAGAGCCAGCCCUCUUCACAGGACCACACCAACACGAAGGAAAAGGGCCGCGGUCACCAUCGCUGCGGCCAGAGCCGGGGGUCGGAGCUCAGAGGAAGCCGAAAGUGAAGGAGGGUAUAUGACCGCACUGACAGAUUCAGAUGAAGAAGAUCUAAGUGAUGCAGAGCAGAGGGAUGAAGAACUUCCUGCAGAUAAGCUGUGUGUCCUCCUCCAGAGGAUUGACAGUCUGCAUCAGGGUGCUGAAUCUGACAAAAGGGAAAGUCUCAACCUCCUUUUGCAGCAGAGAGAGGAGUUUGGCCAGAACUCAACAUUUCUUUGGCGGCUAAUCCGAGCUUACUGUGAUGUUCAUGACAUCAGCGCCACAAUGGAGGAGAAGAAGAAUCAUGCAGAAACAGGGAAGAAAGUUGGUGAGGAGGCAGUCAGCCUGAACCCCACAUGUGCUGAAAGUCAUCAGUGGUAUGCCAUCAUGUGUGGAAUUAUGGCAGAAUAUGACACGGUACAGAACAAGAUAAAGAACGGAUACAUCUUUAAGGAUCAUCUGGAUAAAGCCAUUGAGCUGAAGCCACAAGAUCCCAUGUCCUACUACCUGCUGGGCCGCUGGUGCUACGCUGUGGCGCAGUUGUCAUGGAUUGAGAGGAAAGUUGCUGCAACAUUAUUUGGAGAACCUCCAAGUGCCACGAUCGAAGAUGCACUGAAGAAUUUUCUUAAGGUUGAGGAGAUCCAGCCGGGAUAUUCUAAACUCAACUAUGUGUUUCUAGCAAAGUGUUACAAAGACCUGGGACAGAUGGGGAAAGCUAGAAAGAUGUGUGAAGCUGCUUCUUCAAUGAAUGUCGUGUCCAAAGAGGAUGAAGACGCACAAAAGGAGUUGGGCUUGCUCCUACCGGCGCUCGGAGUGUGACGACAGCGUGCACAUAGCACAUUCUCUUGGAAAUGUAUUUUCCAUGUGCUACAGGCUGUGUGUGUGUGUGUGUGUGUGUGUGUGUGUGUGUGUGUGUUUGUGUAUAGUGUGCAUUGAGAGGCCAUCAUGUUAAUUCACUCUGUGAGUGGAGGGUGUGCUGUGGCAUUAUAUAAUCAAUGGGCGCAAUACCACAGUCAGAGCCGUCCCAUAUAGUUUUAAGAGUUCCCACAGUCAUUAAGUUUCUAGAAAAGUUAUGAAAUUAGAAAAAACGUCUUCCAAGCCUGGGAAAGGUUUGGAAUUAAAAGUUUUGAAUGUACAUUGUUUUGGCUAUAGUUUAUAGUUUAGUUUAACAUACAUUCCUGGUAUUACAAAUUUAAAAUUGAGUUCUCCGUCGAGUGAUUGGUGAACAUGUCUAGUAUCACGUUAUACACGUAGACCAGACCUGCACUGAGUCAUCGCCAAGGUCACACCCCCUUUUGUGGGAAGGCAACAUCAGUAAGAACACAGGAAAAUGCUGAAAAAAUUGCAGGUUAACUGAGGAUUUCACACUGAGAUUUAAGGCACAUACGAUAAUGAAUGUUUAUUGUCAUUGUGGUAAAUUGCUAACAGCCUCUAGAUCAAAGGGUUGGCUAUUAACAGGUUGGUUAAUUACAGAUAAUGCUUGCAUACAGCCUAAUGUUAUGAUAAUUACAUCAAAUAUACAUUGUUUAAUUAAAUCAUCAUCCAUCUGGAUAACUAUAUCUUUCCACUGUGUAGAUCCACCUGGACUGGGGAAGCCUGAAGGUACAUGACUGCAAUAGACCUUCAUUUAUUGAGGUAUCAGGACGUUCAGGUUGAGGCAAGAUUGCAAAAUAUUAAUUUGACAUAUUAAAUAAACAAAUGUUUGUUUAACAAGAAAUAAGAGCAUAUAAAUGUGAGGGUUGUUAUCCCAACACAUAUCAAAUCACAUCAAUAGCAUCGUCUGUUUUCUAUCCCCCAAAAAGGGGCGUGGCCUUGAUCUUUUGUGAAGUACCUGUAUGUGCCAGUCUGGUCUAAUGGCAGUGGACAUAUGCAGCUAGUUUGUGACAGGAAUGUCUAACGAGCGAGGAAUUUUAGCAAUUUAGCAAGCGAGCAGUUUGCUUAUCCGUGAAUGUGUGGGCAGUACGUGUUUACUAAUGUUAACAGUGAUACAGGUAUCCCUUUAAAACCACUCAAAUUAACUCGUUGAAAUUAGGUGAAGUAUGAUGGAAAAUGUAAGGAAAGGUUUUAAAAAGAUGUAUUUGUAAAAAUGUGUGGGGAACCUGUAGUUUCAAAUCAGAUUUUUAUUUAAUGUUUUUAUAGUGGAAAAGAAACUCACACCUGGUUGUACCAAAUCAGUGAGACAAUUUAAUCUAAGGUAGAUUUUGUUCAUUUUAAUCUUUACUGAAAUUGGAUUAGUCAUAGAUUAUGGUAAAUUUGGUGAUUGUUAGUAUAUAUACAGUAUAAUCGCAGUUGAUCUGUGUGUAGCAGACCUUCUCCCAGAGGUCUGAUUGCUCUGAUAGUGAAAGUCACUUCACUCUGUCUCAAGGAUACUGAGUUUCCUUGACAACAAAGACCUGUCGCUUUUUGGCAAAGUGACCCACAGGACUUGUUGUUCCUUCCUGUUCCGUCCUGUUUUGUUUUUUUUUUUGUUUUUGCUGUUGUUGUGUCUCCCACCACACAUUCAGAUGGCAAUAACAAAAGCACAUGAGACAAUGGCGCACCCAAACAAAGAUCUUGGAAUGCUGUGACCACUGGACGACCUCCUGCCCUCCUCACUCAGACCAGCAUCAGUGCUCACUGGCCAUAACUACAUACUACGUCCAUUGAAUUGUUUAGUUAGCUCCAUGUCCUGCGUCAGUAAUGUCAACAUGCAGACAUGGUACACUCUCAGAAAGCCCUGCUGUAGUUUUUUUUUUUCCUGGAUCGCUCUGAUACUAUUCUGUCACUCACUGAAUCAUUUUACUGUCUGUGACUCUAACUCAUUGUAAAGUGUUACUGAGCAUCUGUACAGGUGUUUUUGAGCAAAUCUCCCCUUUUUUAAUCCCAAGUUCCUGUUGGAACUUUUUAGGAAGGUUUCUUGUCCUGGGGGCUUCCUGAAUUCUCUAGUUUUUCAAGUUCCUCUUUGAACAUUCACAUGGAGCUCUGACUGCCUUACAUUUUAUAGUUUUUAAAUCUUCGUAAUCUAAAAUCUUUUUCUCAUCUGUUUUCUUUUGAACCUUCUCAAUGCAACAGAAAGUGUGGAGGCAAACAAAGUGCCACCACUCCAAUAGGUAUGCCAAGACACAUAUUUUCAUAGAAGGCUCCUAUUUCUUUACAUAUAUACAACACUUAAUCAUGCUGUUUAAGGUUCAGUUAAAGUUUUGCUCAGGUUUCAAUAAAAGGUUCUAUGUGCAACAUUCAGGGCAUUAAUAUAGCAGCAAAACACUAUUUUCUUUGUAAAGAUAUAUUGGAGUAAUGGCGUGCUGAGCAGAGAAUGAAGUCACACUCCUCCUGUGUGUGUUGUAAUCUGAGCUUCUCUGUGGUUUGUUGUAGUAAGUCAGUUCGGCCUGGCAUGCAUGUUAGUGCAUUUAUCACUGGCUAGCUCUGCACGAUGCUUAUAUGGCUGUAACAGCUGGUAUCAGGAUAGUGCUGCCGUGGAAGCGUAGCACCUACCCUCCGGUUCCCCCCUGGCGAACACUGUUGAGUAUAUUUUUGAGCGCUGUUUAUGCCAUUAGCACUGGUAUCUUGUGUUUUGCACCAAAAAAAUGACAAUUACCCCCUGCGGGUCAAGUGCGAAGGCUUUGAAAGUUGUUAUUGUGCUUGGUUGUGUACCUCUGAAUUUUUCUAUUUAGGUGCCCACCACUGUAAUAAUCCACAAUGACUAUUUAUUGAGAGAUUACAGGGACAGUCAAGUGGCCUUUAAUUCUUAAAGAGAAAUAGCAACACACUUGGGAAAGUUAAGUUUAUUAGGUGCCCCAUUGGCUAGAGCUUUGCCGCAGCUAUUCUUCCAGGAAAAAUAAUCGUGAAAGAAGAAACUUUUUGCUGCAGGGUUUGGAAGAAUUGCAAGAUUGAGGUUAAAGCUAAAAACAGCCUCAUUUAAAAAAUGGUGACCAGGGGGGAGACAGAGCAGAAUAAAAUAAUUUUAAAUUUGAGAACAGUUGUUAAAAUUACAGUACACAAAUGCAAUGUUUAGCGUCUGUGCUUUAUUUAUGUUGCCAGACAGCCUACUUUUCCACUAAUGUUCUUCCCAUAACACUUAUUGAUUUUUUUAAUUUUUUUUUUUUUUUGCUAAUCUGCAGAAUAAUUAGUUUGCCAUGUAUUUUGGAGCAUAUUGCAACAAACACCCAUAGCUUGCACGUCACCUACAGAGACCUGCACCACGGUGUCUUCUGCUACAACAAACAAAUGCACUCUGAAUUUUGCAUAGAUCCCCUUAAAUGAAAAAACAACCCUGGUUAAGUCCACCUGAGCCACAAUUUGAAUGUUGAUUAGGCUUCAUCAGUACACGGAGGAACAAACAACAUGUUUAGAUGGAGCACUGGUGUGCAUGUAAACUGAGUCUGAGAAGGUGGAGGGCAGGUUGUGGUUUUUCGUUAUCUGUUUCUCUGUUGCAAAAACGCUGGACCAAUGGCUUUAUAUUAAAAUUAUAAUGCAGUAAGCAGAGGAUGCGGACACUUUGCUGUGCCAUUAGGUGAUGGUGCAUACUGUACAAUUGCAUUCCAGGUUAGAUAAUGCCACUUAAAGGUGACCUGAUCUGACUGAUGUAAUGUUUCAUUUUAUUACUGUCUCACUUGAUCAUGUUUCUACUCUGUCGUGUUAAGUGUGAUACAUUUUAGACCUGCAUGUUGAAAUCUUGAAACCGUAAGUGGUUAUUUUUGGUCACUCUUGAGAUUUGUUUCAGGUGAGUUUAUGGAUUUAGAGUCGUAUUUGUUUUAAUUUAUUUUAUGUUGUGAAAUAUACAGAAAAAAAUGUUUUCAUUUGUCACUUUACAGAUUUUUCUACCAGCACUACGAAUGUAUCUUCAUAUGCCAAAGUACAAUAUUCCUCAAAUCUUAUACACUACAUAGAGGUUACACUGUACAUUGUCAUAGGCGGUGUGCACUGAAUGAUUAUUGGAGCUGCAGUCUAUAAUUAAAUCUGUGCAAUCCUGGU